UGCUGUUGCUUUGUUUGAGAGUUGGAUUCAGGAUGGGCUGUAUUCUCCCGAUGUCUGGAGUUUUAAUGUUGUCAUUAAGGGGGUGUGUCGGGUGGGGAAUUUGCAGAAGGCACUUGAGUUAGUUGAAAGGAUGACUGAGUUUGGGUGUUCCCCGGAUACCAUCACACAAAAUAUUCUUGUUGAUGGGCUAUGCAGGGUGAAGCAGGUGAACAAGGGCCAUGAGGUAUUGAGGAGGCUCCAGAGGGAUGGUGUUUGCAUGCCCAAUGUUGUGACAUACACCUCAGUAAUAUCAGGUUAUUGUAAGGCUGGCAGGAUGAAGGAUGCAUUUUCAGUGUAUAAUGACAUGCUUCAAUCUGGAACAAGACCCAACACGGUCACAUACAACGUGCUUAUUAAUGGAUAUGGAAAGGCUUUGGACAUGGAAUCUGCAGUGAGAAUGUAUUGGCAGCUGAUUCUCCAUAGUUGCCCUCCCGAUGUUGUGACAUUUAAUUCUUUGAUUGAUGGAUAUUGUCGAUGUGGACAGCUUGAUGAUGCCAUGAGGAUUUGGAUGGAGAUGGGUCAGCAUCAUAUUCAACCAAAUGUAUACACCUUCUCCAUCAUAAUACACUCACUUUGUACGCAGAACAGAUCAGCAGAAGCUCUCAGUCUUCUAAGGGAAUUGAAUAUGCGAGCCGACAUUGUUCCACAGACAUUUAUAUAUAACCCGAUCAUUGAUAUACUGUGCAAGGGAGGAAAGGUGGAUGAAGCAAACUUGAUUGUUACAGACAUGGAAGAGAAAGGGUGUCAUCCUGAUAAGUAUACAUACACUAUUCUAAUAAUUGGGCACUGUAUGAAGGGUAGGAUACCAGAGGCAGUCACUCUUUUUCACAAAAUGGUGGAAACUGGGUGUCGCCCUGACAAUAUUACAAUUAAUUCUUUUAUUAGUUGUGUUUUGAAGGCUGGGAUGCCUAAUGAGGUACAUCAAAUAAUGCUUAUUGCUUCAGGUCAUGCUUCAGCUAGUCAGAAAGUUCAUUCUCACCAGUGCCAAAGACUAGAUAUGUCAGUUGCUGUAUAGUUGAAUUCUGCUAACAUAAAGAAUGUAGGGAAGAACACCUGAGCUGUCUCAGAUGCUUAUUGCAGCAUAGAACUGGGACUGGGACUUCUCUAGAUGAGAACAAUGAGGCAUGGAGGGAUGAAUUGGUCUUUGAUAAAGAAGCUUUUGCGUAUUUUUGAAAACGUUACAGGGUUGGUAACUAACAUUAGUAAGAACUCGAUCACUCCUAUCCAAUGUGGGGAAGAGGAGUUAGCGGAGGUGCAAGAAGUUAUGGCGUGUAAAGUGGAGAAAUUCCACUGUAAAUACUUGGGCAUGUCUCUCUCGGUCAGGAAACUAAUGAAAAAUGACUUGAUUCCGUUAGUGGAUAAGAUUGCUGAUCAUUGACCAGGAUGGAAAGCAGCCUUAAUGCAUCCCGUGGGACGUGCAACCCUUGUCAAGGACAUUCAUCCAAAGAAACUCAGAUGUGAAUAUUGAAAUGUUGGUUGCACAAGGCUACAUAACAAUAAAAAAUUAGUCAAACCAAGUUGAUGUCGUGUAACAAUACAAAGAUGAAGAUUCAUUGCUUGAAGAAUUGGAUGGAAGUAAAUUUACACCCUAGCAGUGGUACUUCAGUUGUAUUCUUUCUUUAGCAGCCUGCCUCAAUGCUUGAAGAAUUGGAUGGAAGUAAUUUACUCUCUAGCAGAGGUACUUCAUUUGCAUUCUUCUCUGUGCAUUGUUCAUACCCACAUAGGUUUUUUUUGUAGGAAAAGAGUACGCAGUAUGCACAUUGGCGUGCAUUCUUCAUGUCUACACAAGCCUGACUAUACAGUUUUUGCUAGCUUAUGUCUACACAAGCUUGACUGUACAGUUGUGCCAUUGCAAUUUUAAACCAGGUGCUGAGCAUUCACUGAAUACUGUCUAGUUUUCUAAGCAUAAUCUACAAUCUGUUGAGGAGCUUACAAACUGUCUUUGGAACUGGAAUUAUUAAGUCAAUGAAGCACUUCUAUUUCUUCAUGAAAGUUGCACAUUUGCUUGUUUACUGGGCCUCCAAUAUCACAAUUUUCGUCUUUUUGGGAGGAUUUAAGUUGGUCUCAGAACUAGAAUUAAUUUUAAGUUUGUUCAAAUGAUGUCCAAUUUAAGGCAGCAACAUUCUUCAUAAUUUCAAUUACUAUGUCAAGACACUUCCCAUCCUUUCUCUGUUUUUGCUGCUUAAGAGAUAUGACUUCAUUGGACUUUUUAGACACCAACGAUCCAUGUCCCAGUCGAUCCAGAUUUCUGGUGACUGUAGUACAAUGUACACAUUUAGUUACUUUGUUCAUAAUCCAUGAAAAUUGCAAUCCUUGUAUAUUGAAUUAGUAUUAAGUUCCGGUAUGUAACAUUGGAACAUGUAUGCUC